ACCGGCCCCGGAGCCGCAGCCGCCGCCGCCCGCACGCCCGCCCCGCGCCGGAGCCGCCCGCCCGCCCCCCGCGCCCCGCGCCCCGCGCUGCAGCCAACGCCCGCCCGGGCCGCGCGCAAACUUCCCGGGCCGGCGGGCAGGGGCGGCGGCGGCGGGGCCCGGAUGGGAGCCCAGGCCGGCGGCGGCGGCGCCCAUGGACACUAACCGCCCGGGCGCGUUCGUGCUGAGCAGUGCCCCGCUGGCCGCGCUGCACAACAUGGCCGAGAUGAAGACGUCGCUGUUCCCCUACGCGCUGCAGGGUCCGGCGGGCUUCAAGGCGCCCGCGCUGGGGGGCCUGGGCGCGCAGCUCCCGCUCGGGACCCCGCACGGCAUCAGCGACAUCUUGGGCCGGCCCGUGGGCACGGCGGGCGGGGGCCUCCUGGGGGGGCUGCCCCGGCUCAACGGGCUCGCGUCGUCCGCUGGCGUCUACUUUGGGCCCGCGGCUGCCGUGGCGCGCGGCUACCCCAAGCCCCUGGGCGAGCUGCCGGGGCGCCCGCCCAUCUUCUGGCCCGGCGUGGUGCAGGGCGCGCCCUGGAGGGACCCGCGUCUGGCUGGCCCGGCCCCGGCCGGCGGCGUCCUGGACAAGGACGGGAAGAAGAAGCACUCGCGCCCGACCUUCUCGGGUCAGCAGAUCUUCGCGCUGGAGAAAACCUUCGAGCAGACCAAGUACCUGGCGGGCCCGGAGCGCGCGCGUCUCGCCUACUCACUGGGCAUGACCGAGAGCCAGGUGAAGGUCUGGUUCCAGAACCGCCGGACCAAGUGGCGCAAGCGGCACGCGGCGGAGAUGGCGUCGGCCAAGAAGAAGCAGGACUCAGACGCCGAGAAGCUGAAGGUGGGCGGCUCGGACGCGGAGGACGACGACGAAUACAACCGGCCCCUGGACCCCAACUCGGACGACGAGAAGAUCACGCGGCUGCUCAAGAAGCACAAACCCUCGAACUUGGCGCUGGUCAGCCCGUGCGGCGGCGGCGGCGCGGGGGACGCCUUGUGAGGACGCGCGGGGUGGGGGCGAGUCUAUUUUUGCAAAAUCCGGGGGCGGUCCCGGGUGGGCGCGAGUCGCUUUGUAUCAUCAAUAAAUUAUUUAACGGGUCCCCGUCGGAGCCGCCGCUCCGGAGCCUGCACCGCGUGUUUCUUCCGUCUCGAACCCGGAGCGAGGCGGCCCCUCCCCGGCCCCGGCUUCGCCCCUGCGAGACCCGGCUUCGGGCGCGCGGCGGCCUCGGGUCCUCCGAGUUCCCGGUGCGGAGGCUGCGGGCCCCGGGCAGGCGCGAGGAGGCGGCGAAGGCGCAGGGAAGGGGCCCGGCCCGCGGGAAGGAACCGCAGCGACAGCCGCCAGGAGCCCGGGACGGAGCCGGGGACGGAGCAGCAGGAACCAGACCAGUCACUUCUAAAGGCCCUCAGAACGACCAACAGCUGAAACCCGUGGGGCGGACUCCGUGUGGAACUGCGGACAGCGGCAACCACAGCAGGGACACGGACCGGUGCUUCCACCGAGAACAGAUUCCGCAGUGGACAGCAGUCACUUGCAGUGGUAGUAUUUAUCCCAAACACCCAGCUAAUGCCUUCACCCGGUCCAGGAACUCUGUAGUGUUCUAAAGUAAAAUCAAUAAAACAUACAUUUGUGUUUCAU